CUCCAUUUGAAUGGAUGAUCCUCACCACCAUCAUAGCAAACUGCAUUGUCCUGGCUCUGGAACAGCACCUUCCUGAUGGAGACAAGACGCCUUUGUCCGAAAGACUGGAAGAGACCGAGCCCUACUUCAUAGCCAUCUUCUGUUUUGAGUCUGGAAUCAAGAUCCUGGCUUUGGGAUUUGCGUUACAUAAGGGCUCUUAUCUAAGGAACGGCUGGAACGUCAUGGACUUUGUGGUCGUCCUCACUGGGAUUCUGUCAUCUGUGGGGUCAGAACUUGAUCUGAGGACGCUUCGAGCUGUGAGAGUGCUGCGGCCACUGAAACUGGUGUCUGGGAUUCCCAGCCUACAGGUGGUCCUCAAGUCCAUAAUGAAGGCCAUGAUCCCCCUGCUUCAGAUUGGCCUGCUGUUGUUCGUGGCGAUCCUCAUGUUCGCCAUCAUCGGCUUGGAGUUCUACAUGGGGAAAUUUCAUGCAACCUGCUACGACACUACUACAAAAGAGAUAGUGGAAGAACGUCCAUGUGGUAACUACUCACCUGCCCGAUUGUGCCCCGAUGGGUCAAACUGCAGUACUGGCUGGAUUGGACCAAACUAUGGCAUCACCCAGUUUGACAACAUCCUGUUCGCCGUUCUCACAGUCUUCCAGUGCAUCACUAUGGAAGGAUGGACGGACAUGCUCUACUACAGCAAUGACGUGGAUGGCAGCAUGUGGAACUGGAUGUAUUACAUCCCCCUCAUCAUCAUCGGCUCCUUCUUCAUGCUCAACCUGGUGCUGGGUGUGCUUUCAGGUGAAUUUGCCAAAGAGAGGGAACGGGUGGAAAACAGGAGUGAGUUCCUCAAGCUGAGGCGACAGCAGCAGAUUGAGAGAGAGCUCAACGGAUAUUUGGAGUGGAUCUGCAAAGCAGAGGAGGUAAUUCUGGCAGAGGAAGACACCAUGGGGAACUUUGAUGGUACGAGACGAAGGCCAACAAUCAAAACCAGAAAUAACAAAACAGAGCUGCUAAAUCAAGAGGAAGGAGAGGACAACAUAGGAGAUGCAGUAGGAUUUGCCCGCUCCAGUCUAAAGAACGGAAUGGAUGGCUCCAAUUACAGUAAAAAAGAGCGACGAAUGCGAUUCUUCAUCCGGAAGAUAGUGAAGACGCAGGCCUUCUAUUGGACCGUGCUCUGCCUGGUGGGCCUCAACACCAUGUGUGUGGCUGCGGUGCAUUACGACCAGCCGGAGCUCCUUUCUGACUUUCUCUUCUAUGCAGAGUUCAUCUUCCUCGGUUUGUUCAUGUCUGAGAUGCUGAUCAAGAUGUAUGGUCUGGGCAUCCAGCCCUACUUCCACUCCUCGUUUAACUGCUUCGACUGUGUGGUAAUUGUUGGCAGCAUCUUUGAGGUUGUGUGGGCCACCAUAAAACCAGGCACAUCAUUCGGCAUCAGUGUGUUACGAGCUCUCAGGCUGCUGCGCAUCUUCAAAGUUACCAAGUACUGGGCGCCACUUAGAAACCUGGUGGUUUCUCUGUUAAACUCCAUGAAGUCCAUCGUGAGCUUGCUCUUCCUCCUUUUCCUCUUCAUUGUGGUCUUUGCUUUGUUGGGGAUGCAGCUUUUUGGAGGACAAUUCAACUUUGAAAAUGGAACUCCACCUACCAAUUUUGAUACUUUUGCAGCAGCCAUCAUGACAGUGUUUCAGAUCCUGACAGGAGAGGACUGGAAUAUGGUGAUGUAUGAUGGCAUUGCAUCACAGGGAGGGGUAAACGACAAAGGAAUGGUCUUCUCCAUCUUCUUCAUCGUCCUCACACUCUUUGGCAACUACACACUGCUGAAUGUCUUCUUGGCUAUCGCUGUUGACAAUCUGGCCAAUGCCCAGGAACUUACCAAGGACGAAGAAGAACAGGAAGAGGCAGCUAAUCAAAAGACAGCAUUGCAGAAGGCUAAGGAAGUGGCAGAGGUCAGCCCGAUAUCUGCUGCAAACCUGUCAAUUGCUGCGAAGGAGCAGCAGAAGAACCACAACAAGAUCAAUAAGUCUGUGUGGGAGCAGAGAACCAGUGAGAUUCGGCGACAGAACCUGAUGACAAGCCGGGAGGUGCUCUACAAUGAGCUGGAACAGGAGGACUGGAAGGUGGGAGAGGGAGAGGAGGUUCCCUACCCACGAAAAGGACGUGGCGAUGUGAAAACACACCUGGAUAGACCUUUGGUGGUAAACCCACAGGACAAUCGCAACAACAACACCAACAAGACCCAACCUGGUGAGGUGCCGCUGGAGCAACAGUAUCGACGCCAGGACAUUGAUCACCGCCGUCGUGCCGCUCACCACUGCCACUACCACCACCAUCACUAUCAGAAACCCACUAACCCAGACGGUGUGGAUACAAGCCAGCUUAUGGAAACCAACAUGGGGCAUGGUUUCAGCUAUGCAUCGCUGGGUCACAUAGAAGGAAACCUGGAGCGCCACCAGGAGGAGGAGAAGCACAGCCACCGGAGUCAUCGGGGCCAUCGGCACAGGAACAGAGAGUGUAGGGAGGCUCACAGCACUUCUCCACAUCAUAGUGAAAGCGCAGACGGCAACGGUGACACGAGGAGGUGCAGGCAGCACCGAAGGGCAGCCAGGGAGGGGGAUGAGGACAGAAGACAUCAAUGUAGGGCAACAGAGGGAGAUGGGGAGAAGAGUGAGGAAGAUGGUGGAAAGAAGACAAGACGGCACCGGCACUGCAACCAGGAAAGAUGCAGAGGACACCGUGUUAGAAAGGAGCACCACAGCACCUGUCCCAGCCUCUCAACUACACGACCCAUACAGCAGUAUAACGAGGACCUUGACAACUUCCGCAACAACAGCAAGCUGGCCAGCGCCCAUGAGCACCCUUAUGAUCUCCCACCCGAUCACCCAGAUCACCCGGACCACCUCAACAACCUGCUGAACUGCCAUGAUGCUGACACCCACACCCUGCUUCAUAGCAUGGACAGCCUGAUCUUGACCAGCAUGGCAAAACCUGACUACACA